GGCACGCCCCCACCGCGCCACGCCCCCCCUGGGCGGAGCCGGCCAAUGGGAGAGCGAGGCGGCGGUGUUUGAAAGCGCCGCGGGGGCGGGGGGGGCGUCAACGGCCGCCGAGGGAGGGCACGGCGGGGCCCGUGAUGGCGCACAAACAGAUCUACUACUCGGACAAGUACGACGAUGAGGAGUUUGAGUACCGGCACGUGAUGCUGCCCAAGGACAUCGCCAAGCUGGUGCCCAAGACCCACCUGCUGUCGGAGUCGGAGUGGCGGAACCUGGGGGUGCAGCAGAGCCAGGGCUGGGUCCACUACAUGAUCCACGAGCCAGAGCCCCACAUCCUGCUCUUCCGACGGCCACUGCCGAAGAAGCCAGAAAAGUGAGUGGCUCCUGGUCUGCUGAAGCUCCCAGUCCUUCCACGCUGAGAAAACACCUUUCUCCUCCUUCUUCUCGGCAUUUCUCGGGGGCUUCACCCCGUGACCCUCGAUGCCGCCUGGCCGUCGCUUUGUCGGCUCGGCCCUGGUUCCGGGGGCCCUUCCCGUUGCGAUGCCUCCAAAGCUUCAAUAAAGUGAUGUUUGGGAGCUGUCUGUCUGCA